AUGGUCAGAAAAAUAUCAUACCUUACCUUACUGCUUGCAUUUUUAUUUCUUUCAUUCCUUGCAAAUACUAGCCAGUUGGCAUUUGCAAAAGGGACAGACAAUGUCAGAGAAGCUUGCAAAGUAACUAGGUAUCAAAACCUUUGUAUGCGCUCGCUAGCACCGUUCUCUAACAGUGCUGGAGGAAGCCCUAGUAAGUGGGCAAGGGCAGGAGUGUCGGUUACAAUCGGAGAGGCUAAGAAUGUUCAAGCUUAUCUGUCAAGCUUCAAGAGGCGCGAGCAUUUAAGAGGAAGAGAUAAAGUUGCACUUUUAGAUUGUGUUGAGACUUUUGCAGAUGCCAUCGACGAUCUUCAUAGGUCACUGAAUGUGCUCAGAAGGCUUAGCAGAAGCACAUUUGGUACUCAAAUGGGGGACCUUAAUACAUGGUUAAGUUCAGCACUCACAAAUGAAGAUACCUGCCUUGAUGGGUUUCAAGGCAAAAAUGAUAGGAAAAUUAAAUCGCUGCAAAAUAAGGUUCGCAAGGUUUAUUAUGUUACCAGUAAUACUCUAGCUCUUGUCAACAAACUUGCCACUACAGGUCUAGGAAGCAUGUCUGAUCCAUAG